AUGUCGAAAAUUUUGAAAUCUAAUGAGAAUGAGGCCAAAGAUCUUCACAAAUUCCUUUCUCAAUCAUUAUUUUCAAGUAAAUUCAAGAAUUAUUUUUAUUCUUUUUUUGGCCAACUUUUUAAAGCACACUAUAACAGAAAUACAAGACCAAGUCUCCAACUUAGUUAUGAAAUUUUCAUCAAUGCUGUUUACACUCUUCAGGUAAUUUCACUAGCAUGACAUCCAAAUAUGUGGGUUAAAGGUUGGAGCUCAUAUAAUUUAAUCUGAUAUCUGAUGGGGUGGACAAGCUAUGACAGCAUCUGUGCAAGUUUCGAUAUCAUGAAUUUUUGUUUUUAUGGGACAAUUUCUCUGAUUUCAAUUUGUGUGAUGUCGUUUACAGUCUUCGGAAUUUUUAUUUAUUUAAAAAAAAAUCCUCCAACUUAUAUAUCAUUCUGAACUCGCAAAAUUGCUGUGCUACUUACAACAUAUUCUCUUAUUCCGAGUACUUUGAUUUUAUUAGUGGUAGCAAAAUACUCAAUAAUUGAUGCUCGAAAAGUUGAUGAAUAUGGUGGCUUACCUGCCUCGACACUUAAUUUUGGACUUCCAGGUGUUUUUUCAGCAGUAUUUGGCUUAGUAGUUUUGAUUUCAAUUAACUUUUAUUUAGAAUACUUUUCAUGUGAUAUCAACCACUUAAACCCAGAAAAAAAUAUUAAAUCGAGAUCGCAUUCUCUAUUAGACUUACAAAUAAGGCUGUUUUAUUUCCUCUCUUGCGUUUCAUUUGUGCUUUUUAUCAAUGAAAUAGUUUAUAUUCAUCAAUCAUUUUUGUUUUGCUACUCUAUUUUUGUGUGUUAUAAAUCAUUAAAAGUUUUGCAAUAUUAUAAUGUUCUGGAAAACAUAAUAGUUGCUUGUAAGUUGAGCAUGAUUUCUUCGACAUUAUCGUUUUUUAUUUUUGGAGAGCUUUUAAAUAGCGCUACAAUUAUUAUUGUCUUUGCAGUUUUUCUACAGCCAGCAAUAUUUUUAAUUACAAUCAAGUUAGUUAAGCGAAAUUAUAAAAAGCUUGGAAAUAAUAUAGACAGGCCAAGUAACCAGUUUGAAUUUGAAAGAAAAUUCAGAUAUUUAUUAACUGAUAAAGACUGUGAGGAUAAAUUUAUGGUGCUUAAUUUAUUCAAGAAUUAUUGGAAUGCAAAUCAAUUUCGAAAGGAUAAGAUUUUUGUGAUAUGAGAAUUUAAUUACUGUCUUUUCAUAAUAAAAGAUGAAAGAUUAGCGAGGGUAAAAUUGUCGAAAAUUGCUAAUGCAGAGAAUUCGCUUGAAGGAGAAAUUCAGGAAUGAAGGAUUUUUACAUGGCUCGUAAAUAGAAACUGCAAAGCUUUUCCUGAAACAAGCUAUUUAGAAUUUUUAAAAGAAUACAGUAGAAUUAAAACUCAAGAUGAAGAACUUUGCUAUGCGCUAAUAGAGCUUCAGAUCGAAAUUUCUUUGAAAGCUCCAAGAAUACAUAAAAUUGUGAAUCUAUCAAAUAGGGCUACAAAUUAUGUAAAAUCCCUUUCAAGAGAUUUUAAAGCUCUUGUUGAAAAGUAUAAAAAUAUUGAAGGUCUUGAACUAUAUGGGAGUUUUCUAGAAAAUAUUUCAAAUAACCAUGAAGAAGCAGGAAUAAUAAACAGAAAAAAAAAUGGAUUGAAACUUAAUGGCCAAUUUGCUGAUAUAAAAAGUUUAGAAAACUAUGGAAAAGAUGUGCCAUUAUUAUUGGUUUCUUGCUUUGAUUGUAAUAUUAUGUAUCUAAAUGAAAAAGCAUCACUAUUACUGAAAAGUUCAAUAGGAAAUGUAAUUGGGACUUCACUGCUAAAUUUCAUUCCUCAUCCUUUUGACUCUUGCCACUUACUCCCCCCCUCCGUGAGUGAAGAAGAAAAAUCUAGUUCGCUCACGGAGGGGUUGAUUAUUAAUUUUAUAAUUUUUUUUUUCGAAAUUUAAAAAAAUCCCACUUCACAAAAAUUGGAAAGCAAAUAUUAAUUUAUUUAAUAAAAUUUAUGCUUUAAAACGCAAUUUGUUUAACAUAAAACAGAGUUAGCUCAAGAUUUCAUUAUAAUAAUUAUCACUUAUAUAUCAAAUUUUUGUUUGCUGACGGAUGGUUUUUGGGUAAAAAAUAGAGAUUUUUAAAAUGGUUUUGUUCGCUCACAGAAGGGGGAGUUAUCAGAAAUUAACGAUUAUGUUCUUACUCCCCCCCUCCGUGAGUGAACAAAACCAUUAGAAAAAUCGCUAUUUUUUGUCCCAAAAACCCACCCUCCGUGAGUGAACAAAAAUUUUUUUAAUACAAAAAUUUUUUAUGGAAAAAAAUUUUGAUAUAUAAAUGAUAAUUAGUAUAAUGAAAUCUAGAGCUAAUUCUGUUUAAUUUUAAACAAAGUGCAUUUUAAAACAUAAAUUUUAUAAAUUAAAUUAAUAUUUGCUUUCCAAUUUUUGCAAAUUAGGAUUUUUUUAAUUUCGAAAAAAAAAAAGUUUUUUAUAAAAUUUAUAUAUAAAUUUUUUUAAAAAAAAAAUUAACCCCCCUCGUGAGUUAACAAAAUUUCUUUGUUCACUCACUGAGGGGGGGGGAGUUAGCAGCAGCACUAUUGAACUAGCAUCUCAUAAGCAUUUAUUUAUUCAAAAUUCUCAGAGAUACUUAAUUGAGUGUAAUUUUUUAAUAAAAUUAGUGGCAUUUCACAACUCUGCAUAUUUCUUGAUUACUUUUGAACAAAGAAAAGCAACACGCGAAAUUGCAAUAACCUCAGAAGACGGAUUUAUUAUAGGACAUUCUGAGCAUUUCCCCUAUUAUGCUGGCUCUACGUCAAAAAGCUUAAUAGGAAAAAUAUUGUCAGUCGCAAUUCCUGCAUUAGACAUUAAUAAAAUGAAAGCCUAUGAACCUUGGCUAGUCCCUUUUAAUAGCGAAGAAAUUCUUUUCAUUAAAAUGAAAAAACAAAUAAAGUCAACGACAAUAAAUAAGUUCAUAAUCAUUCACGGCGCAUAUGAAAUAAAAAACUGAAAAGAAGAACUGGAUGAGGACCAUUUUAUUAAUUUUGCUGGCCAAGACGUUGAUUAUGACAAUGAAAAAUAUAAAAUAGAUGCAAUUCGAAGAAGUUCAAUCAAAACUCAACUUCUAUCACCUACCAGCAUGUAUAGGAUUUUCCCAUGGAUGGAGCUAUAUUGGCCUUGAUUUUCCCACUGGAAAAAUUUUUUGUUUUGACCAAACCAUAUGGUGUUGGCGAACCAAAAAAUUUUUCCAGUGGGAAAAUCAAGGCCAAAACAGCGCCAUCCACAGGAAAUUGCAAUAUCUUUUACAAAAAUCUUCAAACGAAGCAGAAAUUUAUUCAAAUAAAAUAAAAAUAACUUCACGACAAAAUGAGGAUAAAAAAUUAUAUUCUGAUGAUUAUUCAAAAUCUUCAGCAGGCCACAAAUUUUCAACUAAAGCUAAAAGUUUACUAGUAGAAUCGAAAAGAAAAAUCAAAGUCUUGCAAGCUGUACUAUUCCUUGUGGUAAAAAAAAAUUAGGUAUUUUCAAGUGUAGCAACAAUGGCAGCUAUUUUAGGAUAUAUGAUUAUUGACGUAUCAUUAACAACGUCUCUAAGCUCAUUCAAAAACAUAGGACAGCUUAUGUAUGACCUUGGGAUGUCUUAUGAUCAAGCCAGAAAUAUCGACUCACUGAUAAUGAGUAAUCCACUUAAUCAACCAAUUGAUAUUUUUAUAGCUAACCUAGAAAAAGUGAUUGUAGAGUUAGAAGAUGUCCAAAAAGUCAUUUUUGAAAAGUUUGACCAGUGGAAAUAUUGCAAGAGUUCAGAAAUUGUCACAAAUCCCGCAAUACCUUUAGUUUACUUUGAUAGCUCUGAGCCAAAAGCAAAAUAUUUGAAUUUAUAUGAUGCAAUAUCAGAAAUAAUAUUAAAUGUAAUUUCUAUAUAGUCCAAAAGUAUGAUUAAAGCUGUAUCAGCCAAUGAAUCUUACCUCAAAUAUCUCAGAUUUGUAUUAACUAAUAGUCCUGGAUAUCUUUAUGACCAAGCCAAUUCAAUGAUGAAUGAUUUCGUAGAUUGUGAAAUAGAAAGAUUAAGAACUACAAGCCUUUAUAUAUACACUCUUUUGAUAUUUGGAUUUUUAAUACUUGGGGUACUGGUUUUAGUCGUUGUUGGAUGCAUUAUUAUGACAUCAAAAAAAUAUGAUGAAUUUUGGAAUUUUAUUUUGAAUAAUGCGCAGUCCUCGUUAGCCAAGCUUAAGAGUUCAGCUAUUGAUAGACUCGUUCUCAUUCAUGGAAUUGAUUAUAGUGAGCUGCAAUGAAUUAUUUAUGAAUUUAAUUAAUUUAUUUAAUUAACUCAUACCUAAAUUGAAGAGAAAACUUGGGAACAAAUUAAUAUAGUACAAUUUAUAGCUCAGAAUCAAAUAUUGAUAUAUCGGGAAAUCGCUUAAAAAGAAAAGUAAAAACUUCUGUGUAUAUGCAAUAUAUUAAAAGACUUAUGAUUUUUUUUAUGGCUGCUACUUCUUAUUAUCUCUUGAUUACCAUUUAUUUAUAUCCAAAAUGUGAAGAUUUAAUGAUAAAUCGUCCAAGACUUCUUAGCAACUUUAGUAUAAGACGAUCCAAUCUUAGAAUAUUAGCAAUUUAUUCUAGAGAAAAUACUUCUCAUCAUUUCAUGAGAAAAGUUCCACAGUAUAUUAAUUUUCCCACUCCCUGGUCAAACCUUAAUAAAGCCUCAAAUAUUUUAAGGGAGAAAAAUAAAGAACUCAGAAAUAGUGAUAUGAAAAAUGUAAUGUCACACGAAUUAAGAAAAAGAAUAUAUGAAAAAGUUGACUCUGACACCAAAAUUUUAGAUUAUGGGACAGAGGCGGCUAUCAAUGCUGUUAUAUUUGAUUGCGAAAAUCGGGCAUUUUACACAGCAUCACCCAUAGCAACAAUUUAUGCAUUACUUACAAAUGUCAUGAAAAUUCAAAGCGAAGUAAAUCAAGAGUUUUUAUUGGCAGAUCGUGACUCAAAAAAUCUCAUAAAUGAUAAUUUAUGCCUAUGAGAGCAGACAUUGCAAUUGGGUAUUUUAGAGAUCAUAUUAUAUAUAAAAGAAUUGCGAUAGAAUAUUUUUUGAAUAUUAAUAUAAAAGGACAUAGAUUUUAUUAUAUUUAUAACUGCAGUAUAUUCAACAGCUUUGCUUCUAUUAUACUUUUGCUAUUACUUGCCAUACUUUAAUUAUCAAAUUAACCAUCUUGAUCGGAUCUCAAUUCUCGCAGAAAUUUUGCCAAUUGAUAUGGAAUAAUUUUAGCAUACUUAAAAUGGCUUGACAAGCCGGCAUACUAUCUUUAACGUCUGUAGCCUGACGGGUGUCUGGAGAUCUUGUGAAAGAGAGAGUUGCGUGAUAUAAGAGUGUCCGGCCAGGUUUUUCUUGGUCUGGUUGAGCGCAAUGUCGGGCUGAUCGACCACAGGCUCACAUUCUGGGCAAGAUUUUUCCUCUUGGAAUGGAAAAGGGAUAGCCCAGCAAGGCCAGAAGGCGUUUGCUUGGCCUAUCGGCAAUUUCUCAAUGCGAUACCAGGAGUAGUGCCCUAGGCUCCAAGUUUCAUUUGGACCGACAGCCUGAUAAGGAAAUUCAUUUUUUGAAUUUUAGGAAAGGUAGGCACAGUGAAUCAGCGUCUUGACCUCUGGGUUGCGAGUGCAAACUCUCGUCCUUAGUGUCUAGCACAUGCCUUAGGCCAUAUAAUCAGAUUAUCGAGCAGAGAGUGAAGUAAAGAAAGUAACGGGGAAAGCCAACACAGCUGGGGCAGGAGCUAAUCUAUAAUAAUCUAAGUUAAGAUACAGAAUAG